CCGCAAUGUGGCGCUGCGGUUCCCCGAGCCCGGCGCCAUGUUUGUGGUUGUGCCGCAGCAGCCGACGCAUGCUUGCAGCUGUGUUCCGUAAGUGUUGUGUGGUGUUCCCUAGCAUUUAGGUUUCUCGUGUGUUGCAUGUGGCGUUGGUUGUUUGCAAUACUGCUGCGUUGGAAGCUUCCUCUACGGAUACACGCUGUAAAGACUUGGAAAAGUGCCCACACCGGAGCACGUUGUUGCGCGACAAAAAGCUGCUGUGUACGUCUCAUUCGGCGCGACUGCAGUGUAACAUGCAACUCAGCGACUACGCAAAGUCGCUGCCUGACCCCGAGCGCAGCAGAUACAUCAUCAAAAUCGCGAAAUGCGGCGGAGAUGACCCGUUGGCGCUGUCCGAUGACCACUUUACGAACGAUGUUGCUUUUUAUCCAAGUGUCGACCGUGCGGACAUCAGAGACUAUCUAGUCCACGGGACGAGCUUCGUGACGCGGGAUCAGCUAAAGAGCUAUAAAUCCCUGGAGGCUCAUAAUUACGUCACCAGUGGUCUCGUGGAGCCACCAAGAGUGAAAGUUCGUGAUGGCAACGUCGUCGUCGUUGGAAAGGUCCGCCACUCUCAGGCGUUCAGAGAUAAGCUGCUGCUGCCGUGGCUGUUGAUUAAAGCUGACGGGGAAGUUUUGUGCGCGCACUGUACGUGCAUGGCCGGCCUCGGGGAGGCGUGCUCACACGUUGGUGCAGUGCUCUUUUAUUUGGAGGCUGUUGUGACACGCCGGGAUGGUCAAUCAUGCACAGAUGGGCAAAAUGCAUGGCUACCGCCUCAUCUCGUCAGUAUGGAAUGCCGACCGGUGGCAGAGAUGGACUUCGCGUCUUCCGCAAUGAAAAAACGCCGCCUGGACGACACUGAGGCUGCCCCCCGCGACCCACCAAGUGUUGAAAUGCCCAAGCCGAGAGAGGACGAGAUGUUAAAGUUUUUCUCGUCAUUGAGUAAAUCUGAGGGUAGGCCAGCACUUCUCUCGCUUGCCCAAAAAUUUGCUGACCCCUACAUUCCCUUGGGCUUGAAGUACCCUAAGCUCCUCCUCCGCAAUCUGCAAAGGAAGCAGUGCCCAAUUUCCUUGGAGGAUGUACAGGCAGAAUGCCGUAAUGUCUUGCAGGACCUCUCAAUUGAGCCUGAUGUGUGUGUACUGAUCGAGAAGCAGACAAAGGCCCAAUCUGCAUCCGAGAAGUGGCAUUUAUUUCGGACUGGACGCAUCACAGCUUCAAAUGCAGGAGCGGUAUUUGCAACUUCAUUGACCAAGCCUUCAAAGAGCCUGCUGAAGAGACUGUGCUACCCAGAGGACUGCAAAUUCCAGACUGCAGCAACUCAGUGGGGAAAGAAGAAAGAAGCUGCUGGGAGGGCAGCUUACAUAGAGGCAAUGCAGAAGCACCAUCUAGGCUUUAAGUGUGAAAUGUCUGGCCUCCACAUAAGCAUAGAGCGACCAUUUCUGGCUGCAACUCCUGAUGGCCUUGUACAUUGCAAUUGUUGUGGAGACGGCCUUCUGGAGAUAAAAUGUCCAUACUCUGCAAAAGAUGCACUUAUUUGCGAAAUUCCAGAGCGGCAACGAUCUUAUCUUGUAGUUGAUGGCAAUGAUGCAAAGUUAUUGAGAAACCAUCAUUACUUCAAGCAAACUGCUGAGCCUAAUGUAAGCAGCAUCAAGCCACCUUUCUACUGUCCUCGUUACGGUUGA